GUGCCAGCUUGCCGUUCCUUGACAAAGGUGUUUCGAAGCGAUGUGCAUCUGUGCACACAAACCCUGAGUCCGUGCUUGGUCAGCUCAACAGAGGCUCGUAGGCUACAUUGAGCCGAAACCGCUAAAGUUGUCUACAGGUAUUGGCAAGUCCUGACUUUGCCGAGUACUGCAACGUUGCAGUCUACAAUGAGUGGCACGGCAGCCUGAGCUUUGAUAUUGCGGUGGAAGUGGUCACAUAACUGGAUGCUGGCAGAAUCUCGGAAUGCAUAUGGCGUGUGUCGUGCGUGCUGCGCAUGCUAUCGCAUAGUAGAGCAAGGCAGCAAUGAAGACAUGCCGUAGCGCUGGACUGGACUAUAGCAAGUGUUGGGACAUGCUGUCCAGGCAUGGCAAUGGAGCGCCGCUAGAUUUACGUGGAGCGGCACCGAAGCUGCACGUUGUACGGUACCUGCAGCGUGCAUACUCGUGGCAAUGCAUCCUUUGCGUAAUUACGAACCUGGUCGCCUGCGGGAACGUCCGGGGCAUCAUGGGGCGCACUGGUAGCUCUAUACCCUCGUUUCGAUUGAGAGGGUCAACGACUGCCAACGCUGAAGUGAAAAGGGUUGGAGAUGAACUGGCGGUAGUCGGUCACGUACAUGGAUCAGUACCGGAGUACACUCCUGAGCCUGGAUUGCGCUUCCAGGCUGAUCAUGCAGCAGACGGUUGCUGUCUCGGCCCCUCAGCCGGAUCGGAUACGCGUCCUGCGAUUUCGAAAGCCCUGCAUAUGCACGCAUCUUUGCGGUCGUGUUGGGUGACCGACGACCCUUGA